GCUACAGCUACAGCCCGCUCUCAGUGGCCUGAAGGAUUGAACGUGAAACGUAUGCGUUUUGUUGUAAAAAAAAAAAACGGUAUUUGAUUAAUGUAUUUUUUUAUUAUAAAUCCCAGCACCUUAGACAUUAGUGACUUACAGUGCGUGUAUGUAUUUUUAAUAAAGUGAAGUGUUAAUUUUUCACACAGAACAAAGUUUGACAAUCGGACGUGGAUCACAAAAGCGUGAUAAUUCGAUAGCGGCGAGCGCGGGCUAGCGCGAAUGUUUCCUGGAGAUGCGAGCGCCGGGGCGCGUGAGCAGUGCCCUACUGCUGCCCAUCGCUCUGCUGUCCUUGCCGACGAACGCUGCCAACGUCACAGCGUAUCGGGAGGAAUUAGAGUCGUCACUACGGCUUGUGCACGCGGUAGCAACGGGCGCGACCGGCGCUCUAUGCGUCACGCAUCACUACGGGCGACUUCGCGCGCCGCUACACGCUUCCCGCUGGGACGCGGCGCGAGCGCGGGCCGACCUCGCCGCGAACAUACUGCGGCAACUCGGCUUGCAGGACGCUGAAAUAUUGAAGGCGGUCUCACAAGGACUAGUAGAAGGUACAAGCACAUCGGAGCGCGCGGUUGCGUCACGUGCGCUCUCGUUGAGGGCUGAUGGUGUUGUGAACAGCGCGGUCGCGUGGAAGCGGUACAGUGCCGCUGAACCGGAGAUCGUCAUGUACCCGCAAUUGGAGAAACCGCCAGAUCCGGAAUAUCCGUGGUACGUAUCAGCACAUGAAAGUGAAUCCCUUCGGUCCCCAAAGUUCAUGCCCUCUCCCCCCGGAGCCACGAUGGAGGGGUGGUGGACAUACCCGUAUUACAGUUGCGAAGCGGAAAAAUGGCUGCUCUCCUAUACAGUUCCUGUGUCUACAAUACGAGGGCUCAAAGGCGUUGUUUCGCUCGAUAUAGACAUAUCUAGUUUGGAAGUAAAUCAGUGUGAAGAAAGCGAUGCAGAGAACGAUAAUCAAAUAUAUUCGUUCCACGGAACCCAUAAAUGUCCUAAUGAAACUACUUACUGUGUAUACAAACCAAAUCGGGAAAUGAGCGCCCGCCUCUCCGGCUGGUCGCGAGGCUCAUACAUCUGCAAGUGUAGACCGGGCUACUACUCGAUACACCACCCAGAGGGGUUCAAUGGCUCUCUUGUUGAAGUUGCAUAUCAAGAAUACGACGAAAAUGGCGUAGAAAAUUGGAGCGAGCCUUACGAAUGUUUGAAGUGCCAACCGGGUUGCGAGUCAUGCCGAGGGCCAGAACCUUGUCUUGCUACAUAUAACUGGCCAUUUCGGAUAUCUCUUCUUGUAAUAUCAGUGACUUGUGCAGUAAUGACAGUCCUACUCACGAUAUACACGCGCCACCAUCGACGAGUCAAAGUUUUUCGUGUAGCCAGUCCUGUGUUCCUCUCUAUAACAUUGCUGGGAUGUGCUAUUAUGUAUAUGGAGAUGGCAGCUAUCUUCCCAGUGCUCGAUAGAUAUUCAUGUAUAGCAACUAAAUGGACCCGCCACAUGGGAUUUUGUAUCACAUAUACAGCGCUUCUUAUGAAAACAUGGAGGGUAUCCCUAACAUACCGUGUGAAAUCAGCUCACAAACUAAAACUAACAGAUAAACAAUUGUUACAAUGGAUGGCGCCCAUUCUUCUGAUCAUGUUGGUUUACCUCGGGACUUGGACGCUCUCCGCACCACCUGAUGCUGAAGUCAUAACAGACAACAGGGGUUUGAAAUUUAAGCAAUGUACAUACAACUGGUGGGACCACAGCUUAGCAAUAGGUGAAAUUCUAUUCCUUCUGUGGGGUGUGCGUGUGUGUUACCGUGUGCGACACGCGGAGAGCCUCUACAACGAGGCCCGUCUUAUCUCUAUUGCUAUUUACAACAUUUUCACCGUGAAUUCUCUUAUGAUCGCGUUUCACUUAUUAAUUCUACCACGUGCUGGACCAGAUAUUAAAUAUCUCCUUGGUUUUAUAAGAACACAAUUAUCUACAUCAACUACCGUCCUCUUGGUGUUCUUGCCCAAGGUAUUACGCGUGGUCCGUGGCACGGGCGACACGUGGGACAGCAGAGCGCGUGCACGCGGUGUGCCCGCGUCCUCCUCGCUCAACGGCAUCGGGCUCGUGCCGGACGACCCGCCAGAUCUCUUCCAGGAGAAUGAGCAAUUAAAGGAAGAGGUCCAAAAACUGGCAGCUCAGAUCGAGUUUAUGAAGAUAGUGCAAAUGGAAAUGCACAAUCGACACCUUCGUCCAAAACCCGGCGGAUACUUUAGCGCUAACGCUACUAAUGUUCCGCAAAGUCCAAUGCAUUCCAAGACAGUUAAUAUUUCACAAGAGAGCACAGAAUGGUCAGGGCCAGUGUGACUGGUGGCGUUCAGCGAGUGCGGCUGGUCGUGGCCCGGGCCGGCCGCGCGCCGCGUGCUCACCGCCAUAGACACGAGACCACCCGCGUUCGUGUAGCACCAGCUUUAUUCAUAGAUAGUAAACGCAGGUCCAUUAUUGUUACCUGUAGUCGUAUAGAGACAUUUUGACUGUUGACUUAUGUUUGUUUGAAUCUGUACAAAAUAAAUUGUGAAUUUUAUUGCUUGUGAUGUUUUUUUCGCACUUAGAAUUUUGAAACGUGAAUUUCUUUUUAUAAUACCAACUAUUGUCAUGACGCGUUUGUGUUGUACCUACAAUUCGGUUUACGUUUUAAAUUACUUGUGAAUGUUUAAACAUAGGUAAUAUUAAUUAUU